UGGAGCUAGAUGGGGAAUACUUGUUGCGAUGGAAGAAACGUUUUGAAAAACGAGCGUUUUCAAUCGGAUUCAGCUAAAGGAUGGACAACCAAAUCACCUGAACAACAACCACCAUUGUCCAUCCAAUAUGAACCACUGGAACAAACGAAGAUCCUAGAACCCGAAAAGAAAAUAGAACAACAAUCAGUUGAACCCCAGAAAAUGAAACGCGUUACUAAUUCCGUCUUGCAAAGAAAAACUAAAAAAUUGGAAGAUUUAUUUACUUUGGGGGAAAAAUUAGGCCAUGGGCGGUUCGGUACAGUGUUUGUUUGUAUAAACAAAGGUAGUGGUGAACGAUACGCAUGUAAAUCGAUUGAAAAAAGCAAGUUAUUGACUGAUGAUGACGUGGAAGAUGUGAGACGGGAAAUUCAAAUAAUGCAUCUUUUAGCUGAGCAUCCUAAUGUAGUUUCGAUUAAGGGGGAGUAUGAAGAUGUUGUAGCGGUUCAUAUUGUUAUGGAGUUGUGUGCGGGUGGUGAGCUUUUCGAUAGAAUUGUUACAAGUGGACAUUAUUCUGAAAGAAAGGCGGCUGAACUUACGAGAACUAUUGUCGGGGUCGUGGAGGCUUGUCAUUCUUUGGGUGUUAUGCAUCGCGAUUUAAAGCCCGAGAACUUUUUGCUUAUGAAUGACAAGGAGGAUGCGGUACUUAAAGCUAUUGAUUUUGGAUUGUCGGUUUUCUUUAAGCCAGGUGAAUCAUUUCAUCAUAUAGUUGGCAGCCCAUAUUAUGUUGCACCAGAAGUAUUGGAAAAGAAUUAUGGGCCCGAAGUGGAUGUUUGGAGUGUGGGGGUGAUUGUUUACAUUUUACUAUGUGGGGUUCCUCCGUUUUGGGCUGAAACACAAGAAGAAAUAUUUGAACAAGUUCAACAUGGUGAUCUGGAUUUGUCAUCUAGUCCAUGGCUAAGCAUUUCUGAUGGUGCAAAAGAUCUAGUGAGAAGAAUGCUCGAUCGAGAUCCGAAAAGGCGUUUAACUGCACAUGAAGUUUUAAGCCAUCCCUGGAUUGAAGUUAAUGAUGUUGCUCCACACAAGCCUCUUGACUCUCCGAGUCGCAUGAAGCAGUUUUCAUCCAUGAAUAAACUCAAGAAAAUGUCCAUUAUAACAUCUUCAAUGGCAAAUAUGGAAGGUAAUGGAACAAUUGAUGGUGGAGAAAUCGUGGCUGGAACGUUGCAUAAUAAUAGUGAGAUAGAAAAAGAAAAUCAAUUGUUUCUAGCUUGCUCUUAUUUUGGUAAGGCUGGAAGUGUAUAUUACAACUCAUGAUGAAGAUAUUUAACAUCUUGUUUGUGAGAGGAGUUUGCAUGAUGCUUACACAAAGAUAAUGCAAGUUUGA